CAUGGCGAGACAAGAGCUCUUAGCUUGCGUUUUCUUAGCCCUGGUGCUGGGUAUCAAUUCACUGAGCUGUCCAUCGCCAUUUACUCAAGUUGGCAACAAGUGCUACCACGUGAAUUUACAAAAGGCCAACUGGCAUGUUGCCGAUCGCAGCUGUAGAAAACUCGGAGGCGAUCUAAUGGUUCUAGCCGAUGAAGAGGACAAGCUCCUUACAACCGCAUACCUUAAGAGUUUGGGGCUUCAGUUCACCCAAAGUUGGCGACAUUCCGUUUGGGUUGGCAUCAAUUGCCUGGGAAACCGGCGCACGUUCCUCCGGUCCAAAAAUGGGGAUAGUAUUCCCUAUUUGAACUGGGUGCCACGCCAGCCGGACAACGCUUCUCCCGAAGAGGAUUGUGUGGGAUUCGCCCUCUUUAAUGGGGAAUACGGGUACCACGAUAUAGAGUGCAAGGUCGAGUUUCCUUUUGUGUGUGAGAGGAUUUUAGAAGAGGAUUAUCUCUGCCUCAAGAGGGAACUGUUCUUUGAGGCAUAUUUGUAGAGCUAUAACAUUAAAUAAAUGAAUGUAUUCAGACCACAGUGAAA